AAAAAAAAAAAAAAAAAACAAGCUUACCGGGCGCGCCUUUUCAUAUGAUCAUCGUCGAAUAACCAUCCCGGUGGACCUUAAACUCCAGCAGAGCUGUCGCAGAAGCAUUGCCAAUCCCCCACACGCGCGCUGACUCUGUGUCUUCAUCCUCCCCAUUUAGGCUGCUGUGAAGCGAAUCCAAUCGCUGCCCAGCCAGGUACUCUCUUUCCCUUGGCGCAAAGCUAUCCUCGCGUUCAGGGCCGAAAGCCAUCGUGCGCCGCCCGCAUCGGUGACGUGGUUUGCCAACAGAGCAAUUAGAAUCAGUCGUUCCCUUCUAAAUCUAGGACCCGCUGCGCACUCCGAAAACAGCUAAAAAUCAUGUCGUCGGCCUCUCCCUCGAAGGAACCUGAGGUGGAACCUGAAGUUCAAUCGGGUGAAGAACAGGACCAAAUGGACAAGGAACAACAGGACCAGGCACAAAAUCAGGGGGAGUUUGAGGUGAAGGAGCAGGAUAGGUGGUUACCCAUUGCAAAUGUUGCCCGCAUCAUGAAACUGGCUCUGCCCGACAACGCCAAGAUUGCCAAAGAAGCCAAGGAGUGUAUGCAAGAAUGCGUGAGCGAAUUUAUUUCGUUCAUCACCAGUGAAGCGUCCGAGAAGUGUCAACAGGAAAAGCGCAAAACUGUCAAUGGGGAGGACAUCCUGUUUGCCAUGACCUCACUGGGGUUUGAAAACUAUGCGGAAGCCCUCAAAAUUUAUUUGUCCAAAUAUCGUGAGACCCAAUCUGCAAGGGGUGAGCACCAGAACAGGCCAGCAAGCAGUGGGUAUGCUUCUGGCGGGCCUGUCGGUGGUGUAAGCUCCGCUCCGGCGGGACGUCCGGGAGCAGCCUCCGCGGGAGCAUUCCCUGACGCUGCUGAUAGUGCCAAUAGCAUCAUGAAUCCGAGCUUAGACCCCACUGAACAAGAUGCCUCUGCUUAUGGGUACCCACCCAUGGUAGGCCAGGCGCACAACGGAACGGCUGGCGAUUCCUACUAAUGUCUGUGCACGUGAGAUCUGAGGAACUAACCACCUUUCUCCGUCAAAGAUCGACCGAUGUUGCCUUCGACGCAGCUUGAGGACUUGAAGCCAACUUUGUGUCAUUGCCAGGCCUAGAGCUCUUGGACCGGAUGAAAGGUCUUUUUCUCAAUCUCACAGCGUCCUUCUGUACAGCAUCUUAACGACGUGGUACGAUGCAAUGGGUUCUUUUAUGGGUUAUUCUACGGAUUGGUUACGAGUACAGAGGUAUAAAGAGAGGUGUGGAAGGUCGGCGCGUUUUUCUUUUUU